AUGCUUCUUAAGUCACUUGGGCUUCUGUUCCUUGCGUCUGUAACAGUCGCUGAUCUGCACUCUUACUGUGCCUGCCAAUAUGGCAGAGACAAGGAGCUUGACUUUGACACUACCAAGAAAGUAGCCGAAGACCCUUGCAGCAACCCAUUCACUUGGGCACCCAUCGUCUUUCAACCCCAUCAGGCACUUACCUGGGCUGCUACAGACAGAGUCAGGUGGCGUGGCUCAUACUUGCAAUGCGCAUCAGGAGAAAAGUGCAUCGAUGGUAAUGACUUUGUUCGCCAAUGCCGUAAAUUCAACCCCAAUGCUGAUGGGGCUUGUGUUGAGUGCCCCGGCUGGCCAUCGCAGAGUGGCAACGGGGAGAUCAUUUGCAACUAG